GACCACGCCCCCUUUACGUCAUCGAUCAGCAGGGGAUGGGGAGCAGCUUUUGUUUAUGAAAUUUUGGAAGCUCUGCAAAAGUUAAAAUUUAACUUAAAUUCGCCCGAAUUUUUAAGUUUCUAGUAUUAAAAUUAGAAAUUUGAAACAAUAGUAGAGGUUGAAUGUCAAAUAUAUCUAGGAUGUGAGGUGAUCUUUGGCUGUUUAGCAAAUUACAAUGGAGUGCUAACAUCUACUAAAAUGACGCCGUUUGACGAUUUCUUAUAUCUGGUCAAUUCUAUCCUGUUAGGAGAAGAGCCUUCCGUGGAAGACUUCAUUCUCCUUAUAGGCACGUUUGUUGCUUUUGUGGCAUUUGUCCUGUGGUGUUGCUUCCCCAUCGUGCCCAAGGAAACCAACAAUCUGACGCCACCGAUGCACUACGAGACGCGGUACAACCAAUAUCGCAAGGUGUCCGACAUGGACUAUAACAGCGGACUCUGAACAAUCGUCACCACUUUGUGAUGAUUUAUUCAAUCGUACCCAAAAAGGCUGUCCAUUUUUCGCCGCUUAUUUUGGUUUUUUGCAUCUUACUUAAAUGCACAAAACUGUUCAUUAUUUGCUAAUCGAAGCAAUAACAAAAUCAGCUGCUCAAAAUUAGUCAAGGUUUUAUGUGCUGAGAUUGAGUGAUUGAAAGAAGUGCAGCAGUCAGGUAGCAACAGAGCUAUUACUAUACUCUCUUUAAUUAUACUAAGAUUGAAAAUAUGCGGCUUACUACAAAAAUCCACUCUAAGUCAAUUUGCGCCAGCGUUCAGUCAUUAUUUUGGAUGUUUCGUCUAGUCUUUUUUAGCGUUUUUCCUAUUUAAAUAAUUUUUAUUGACGACUGCCUAAUGUGUAAUGCGUGUGUAUUUAAGGAAAAUAAUAAUCAAACUUUC